AUGUCUCUAAUUCAGAUAUUUGUCUCUGUUAUCGCCACUCUCCUCCUCUACGUGAUCGCAAAUGCCAUCUAUAGGCUUUACUUUCAUCCUCUAAGAAACUUCCCAGGUCCGAUAAUUAGCGCCGCCUCACGUAUCCCAUGGCAUAUUGCAACAUGGUCGGGCACUCGUGACCAUGUUCUGAUUGAACUACAUGCAAAGUACGGACAUGUUGUGAGGAUCAACCCAAAUGAGUUGAGUUUUACGCAGGCAGAUGCUUGGAAAGACAUCUACGGACAUGGCACCAAGAAUACACGAGGAACUCUUCCUGAAAAGGACUGGGCAAAGUACAACAGGGGUAUCAAUGGAGCAUCAAGCUUGGUCAAUGCAAGCCCUGAGGACCAUGGUCGUAUGCGUAAAAUCUUUACCCCUGCUUUCUCAGAUCGAGCUCUCAAACAGCAGGAACCCCUGUUAAUGAAGUACAUCGAUCUUCUCGUGUCAAAAUUGAGAGAAGGACUGCAGGAAAUCCCAGAAAAGAAGUGGGACAUGGUGAGAAUGUACAACUUCACCACUUUUGACAUUAUGGGCGACAUCACCUUUGGAGAACCCCUACACAUGCUCGAAAAUGCAGAAUACGACCCCUGGGUUCGCGCAAUUCUCGCUGGCCUCAUCUUCAGCGCUCGUCUAGAGAUUUUCAGCGGAUACAAGUACUUCUGGUCUGUCUUUCGCACCAUGAUGCGGCGAAUGAACCGUCGCCGCCGAACUCACCUCUCGCACUCUAUUGACCGUGUCACCAAGCGUCUCGAAAAGGGAAGAGAUUCACAAGGCGUCGACUUGUGGGAUCUUGUGCUCGGGCAAAAAGAAGGCAGGGGCCUCAGCCGGGCUGAAAUGGACUCUAAUGCAGCGCUGUUCAUGGUCGCUGGAACGGAGACGACAGCAACAUUGGUCAGCGGUUUGACCUACUACCUACUCAGAAAUCCUGCGGCUAUGCAAAAGCUAGUCGAGGAAAUCCGCACCACGUUCUCUAAUGACAGCGACAUGAUAAUGGAAAAACUAGCCGCACUACCCUAUCUCAACGCCUGCAUCAAGGAGACAUUCCGCAUAUACCCUCCUGUACCUCUUACCAUGCCUCGAGUAGUACCCGAAGACGGAAGUACAAUCGUAGGGCAAUUCAUCCCACCAGGCACAAGUGUCGGUAUUCCCCAGCACGCCACGUAUAUGCAACCAAGGAACUUUACAAUGCCAACGCAAUAUGUACCUGAGCGUUGGCUUGGCGAUGAACGAUUCGAGCGAGAUCAAAGACAUGCGGUCCAGCCUUUUUCCGUGGGGACGCGGGAUUGCAUUGGCAAGAACAUGGCAUAUCACGAGAUGCGUCUUCUCAUUGCCAAGGUAUUUUUCAACUUUGAUAUCGAACUGUGUCCUGAGAGUAGGGAUUGGAGCGAUCAACGCACGUUUGUGCUUUGGCAGAAGAAACCGUUGAUGUGCAGAUUGAAGGCUGUGAGGUAG